GGCACGCCACAGCUCUCAAGUGGUCUGGCAUGCUGACCAGUUACUCAUCAAGAGGGGUCAGGCUUUGCCGCCUCUGUUGUGUACGCAGAGCUGUGCGUACGCAACAGAAGUGGUCAGGCUUUGCCGCCUCUGUUGUGUACGCAGAGAUGUUGCUGUGUGAUGAAGAGCAUAGACUAGGAAGGCGAGGGGCGCAAGAGAUCAAGGCUCAUCCUUGGUUCAAGAACCUGGACUGGGAUAGGCUGUACGAGACGGAGGCGGCGUUCAAACCAGAGGUGAACAGUGAGCUGGAUACACAAAACUUUGAGAAGUUUGAAGAGACGCUGCCUGCCUCCGGCAAGCCGCAGAAGAUAGGGCCAUGGCGAAAGAUGCUUUCGUCCAAGGAUGUCAAUUUUGUCGGUUAUACAUAUAAGAACUUCGACAUUGUGCAGGACGCUCACGCCCCGUUGGUGGACCUGAAGAAGAAGCCGAAGCCGAAGAGACCGUCCAUUAAUUCUGUGUUCGAUAUGCGAGGUGCUGUUUCGUCGUCCUCGAACUCGUCGUUGUCGUCACUGGGAAACGGCGGGUGCCCUAGUUCAGGGAGCGGCAUAGGUAGCGGCGCUUUCAUGGGUCAGAGAAUCGGAACGGGAAGUAGUGUCCCGAUGGAUAUAUCCCCACCUGGGUCGCCGGUUGCGGGACCUCGAACGCUGCCGCACUACACGCCCCAGCCGUUACCCACAUCCCGAUAAUUGCUGGCGUCCUCAACGCGCGCUGGCCUGCAUCGCUUUGGAGACGAAGUCGAAAGUGA